CAUCCGCCUUGCGUCGCACGUUAUAAACAAAGCAACGAUCUUGUCACUGCAACAAAUAGUGCUGUCUGAAAAGGAAAAAGGAGAAAAAGUUUUGCGGACUUUUUUGGGGAGUUUUUAUCUCAGGACAAUCAGAUACAUAACCAAAAGGCUCUUCUGCAGCUCUUUGAAAUGGAUAGCAUCCAGGUUGUUGAAUCCAAACCCCUGCUGGUCGACAAGGAACUGCCGGGCCUGAGAGAGGCUGUGCAGCAGCUCGUUAUCAAGGAGCAUGAUGUGGAGACUCCCUUUGGAAGAGUUCAUUGUACAAUGAAGGGGGUUCCCAAGGGUGACAGACCAGUGAUCCUCACCUUCCACGACAUUGGACUGAACCACAAAACCUGCUGGAACACGCUCUUCAGCCAUGAAGACAUGUCGGAGAUCAUGCAGCACUUUGCCGUGUGUCAUGUUGAUGCCCCAGGGCAGCAUGAGGGAGCUAACACCUUUUCCACCGGAUAUGAGUACCCGUCUAUGGACCAGGUAGCUGAGACCAUCCCACAGGUGUUGAAGCACUUUGGGCUGAAGAGUGUGAUUGGAAUGGGCACUGGAGCCGGGAGCUACAUUCUGACCAGAUUUGCUCUGGACUACCCAAACAUGGUUGAAGGACUGAUGCUCAUCAACAUCAACCCAUGUGCUGAGGGAUGGAUGGACUGGGCUGCACACAAGAUUCAUGGAUGGACCCAUGCCGAGCCUGACACGAUCAUCUCCCACCUUUUUGGAAAGGAGGAAAUCCACCACAACCAGGACUUGAUUGGAACAUACCGCCACCACAUCGUCAACGACAUGAACCAGUUUAACCUGCAUCUCUUUGUCAAGUCCUACGAAAGUCGGAGGGAUCUGGAAAUUGAAAGGCCGAUCCCUGGAAGCAACGUCAGAACCCUCAAGUGCCCAUCCCUGCUGGUGGUUGGCGACAGCUCUCCUGCUGUGGAGGCUGUGGUUGAGUGCAACACCAAGCUGGACCCAACGAAGACCACCCUGCUGAAGAUGGCGGACUGUGGAGGCAUGCCUCAAAUUGACCAGCCUGCUAAACUGACAGAAGCUUUCAAGUACUUCAUUCAGGGCAUGGGAUACAUGCCCUCUGCCAGCAUGACCCGCCUGGUCCGCUCCCGUACUGCCUCCGGCUCCAGCGUCACCUCCUUCGACGGCAACCGCUCACGCGCCCACACCAACGAGGGCAACCGCUCCCGCUCGCACACCAAUGACGGCAGCCGCGGCCACACUGCCGAGAACCAGCGCGCUCGCUCCCACACGGCGGGCUCCAUGGACGGCACGGCAAACAGCAACGUCGACCAAGCUGUGCCCAAGUCCACUGAAGUGUCCUGCUAAGUGAAACCUCAACUCUCCAGACAACCCCUGAUAAACCUGUCCAGGUCCCUUCGGUUUGUGCUGCGCUGCCUUUAACUGACACCCUGACACACAUUCCUACCCACACACAAACACCGAUGUGGAGAAGGAAACUUGGAUUGUAAGAAAGCACAUGAACACUCAUCUGCAGACUUUUCAUUGCAGCUGAGAUGCCCCAUCUCAUUCUAAGGAUUCAAACAUAUUUCUGAACAGGAAAUUGCUCCUCUUUUUCAUGUGAGUGUGUUGUUAGAGUCAGCGCAGCACCUGGGAACACCGAAGCAGAGAAUGUCGGAGAAAGCUGUGGCUACGAGUACACCAGCUUGUACAUUUUGUCUCUCAUAAUCUCUCAUACUUAAAAAAAUUUGUUUUAAUUUCCAUUUCUGUGUUCCCUCAUCCUGUUUGUAUCCAUUUGACCACAUUGACUCAGCUUUCUCAAAAUGUACCUGACUGUAAAUGACUUUUUCCUGUUGUCACUGUAAUUUUUUUGAUCAUUUAGUCUUUAUUAUCCAUGUUUGAAGUUUUGUCAUUUGUACGUAGGAGCAGAUUCGUAGAUGUGGAGAGGGAGCGGGGAGGCACUUGGAUAAACAGAACUGGCGGGUUGCCUUGUAACUUUGAAAAUUAAGGGACAGACUUCAUGUAUAUCAUGUACAGAAAAUAACACUGUUUCACUCUGCCAAUGUCCAUUAUCCAAAACAUUCCCUGUUAUUUUAACAGCCCACUCUUCACUGGUGGACUCCUAAAACUUUUCAGGAAUCAAAUGAUAAUUUUUUACAACAUUCCAAUGAGACUGUACGCUUUUUCAUGAAUCGAAACCCAUCCUGAAAUGCAACUUCAAAUCUUAAACAUCCUAUGCUUUAUUAAAGGAUCAUGGCUUCAGACAAAAACUUUUUUAUGAUAAUGAUUUCUAUGCAAUCAAGCACAAAGGAACAAAGAUGUGCCACGGAAUUGUUCACUGUCGGUGUGAUGCUCCCAUGUAGUCAUGGGUCUUUUAGGUGAGCAAUGUGAUUGCUCCAUAUUAACAUGAGGCUAGCUGUAGAAACUUACCUGACACCUUCUGCUCCUGUAUUUUAAUUGCACUACAGCAACAGUUUGCUUUGUAGAGGACCUACAUGGCUUUGUAAAGAUGCAAUUCACCACCGUCUAAUGCUGUAGAAAAGCAUUAAAGUGACAUAACAGUUGUUUGUAUUUAUUAAAAAAAUGACAAUAAAAAACUUGUAACUGA